UAAUUACCGAUAUCUAAUCAGAAACAUUUUUCAUUCCAGGUGUCAACAGCGAAAUGAAUAUACAGACAGAUAACAAAAAGUUCGGGUCUGAAAUUCAAUGCUGUUUGAAUGAAACAAAAGAAGCAAAUUGCUCAGAAACUCAGCGGGGAACAGUACAUGAACCUGCCAUCGAGAUCUCGGACUUUUCCCUUCAGGGCGGCGUCUCCCGAUGCUCCGGGCGUCUGGAAUUCCGUCUGGAAAAUUCCUCGGUCGUGGGCUUGUGUCUCGGAGGGUCAACCUUCACCGUCGCAUCGCUGGUCUGCAGAGAACUGGGAUGCGGAGCAGUUUCCGCGAUAGUGGCGGGGUCUUUUUAUUCCGGGCCCCCUCGCCCGCCGUGGGAACGGAAGCUGGAGUGUGCGGCAUCUGAUCAGCUCAAAGGAUGCAGGCAGACCAGCGCGGCGUGUGAUGGGGAGUCGCUGGCAGUCGUGUGUGGAGCCGCCGAGCCCCGGUACAGACUGGGUGUUGGUUCGGGAUCGUGUUCCGGGAAGAUUUCCGUGUUUGCCGGCGGGUCUUGGUUGCCGGUGGGGGGAAGAGUGAGCGGCGAGUGGGCUGAGGAACUGUGCCGGGGUCUGAGGUGCGGGGCGGCGGUCAGCCUGGAGCCGGCGUCGGUCCUACUGCAGCCGCUGAUCGAGGUCUCCAACCACUCGUGUGUGUCGCUGCCGCUCGGCAACGAGUCCUGCUCGGCCCCCGGCCCCACAACUAACGGGACCACAGUUUAUAAACUGCAGUGUCAAGCCGGUCUCUCCCCACCGUUCCGCCUCCGCGGUGGCCGUUCCCGGUGCGAAGGGAAGGCGGAGGUAUAUUUCCGAGGCUUCUGGCGACCGGUCUGCCGAUCGCGCUGGACGGAGAGAGAGCGGGAUGUGGUCUGCGUCCAGGAGCGGUGUCCGGGCGAGAGGGGAACGUGGGAGCGGGACAGAGCUGGCGGCAACAGCCCGAAUGAGACGGACAAGUGUGUGGAGUGUGUGAACCUCAGGCAGCGAUCCCUCACCCAGGGCACGGACCUGUGGACAUUGACGGAGCGGUGGGGCACAACACAGCGCAUGAACAUCACCUGCCCGGGUUUGCCGGAGGUGACGGAGGGGUCGUCAGGGUCUGUGGCCGCCUGGGUCACGGUGUUGGUGCUGGCGCUGCUCUUGGUCGCCCUGGCGUGCUGGUGGAGGCGGUACCGGGGGAGAGGGCUCAGAGUCUUUCAACGAAAGAACACACAGCGUCAGUGGAUUGGACCCACAGGAGCAACAGAAUUGGAGCAAGAAGAAGCUGCUGGAAACCUCGUCCCCAAACAAGUAUUAAUUUGGGUCAUCAUGCACAGGAUUUUGAUGAAGGGGCAGAUGCAGAAAAUGAAAAUGGACAACAGAAAGAAACAGACAUACAUGCGCAUGUGGAAGUGA